AUGUCGAAUCCCGCGCAGACCUUCGACUCCCCUCGACGGUCGGCCGUAUUUGGGCGGCAACCCGAGGAGCUACACAUCCCUUCCACUGGCUUGAUCAAUCCGAAUCUUGCAUCUCGCCAGCCGCCUGCCCACGACUAUCCCGCCACCCCAGACGCGGGGGGUGCCCAAGUCCCCUCGAUUAACGUCCACUCCAGUUCCCAGCCGAUGCAGUAUGGGGCCAGCGGCAGUGGAAGCAGUAGCGCCGCCCUCCCAGGCGCGCUGACGCCGGGAAAUCAAAAUCGGCCCCCAGCUGUCUCUGUGAAUACAGCUCCCUCAGUUAUUCCUACCUUACCGCAGUCAGCGAACCAGCCCGCUAGCCAUCGCUCGAGCAUGAUCAACUCACACGGCCACUCCCGAUCCAGUCCUGCCGGCUUCGACCAGUCCAUGUACAAACAGCACGGCGGACCGGAUGGGUCCAAGUACCCUUCCUCACCUGGCGCCGGUUUUCUGCCGCAGACGCCGCAGGGCUCUAAAUAUUCUCCGUUAGGGCUGGCCGACAUUCGACCCUCGGGCGACCAUUUGCUGGGAGAUGCCUUGAUGAGCCCGGGGCUGCUACCAUACAAUGGAGACAAUCAGGUGCCGACAAAUAGCAACUACGUGGCACCGUGGCCUAUAUACGCAGUCGAUUGGUGCAAAUGGCCAAUAUCUGGGAGCUCAAGUUCGUUUGGAGGCAAAUUGGCCUUGGGAAGCUAUCUGGAGGAUAACCACAACUAUAUCCAAAUCAUUGAUACCCACUGGACCCAACCGGACCCAGACACCCCGGACGCGGCUGCGGGAGAGAUCAAGCUGGAGUAUGUCAAGACCGCAGAAGCAACGCAUUCGUAUCCGGUGACUCGCAUUCUUUGGGAGCCUCCGUCUUCUCAAAAACAGUCGACGGACCUUCUGGCCACAUCGGGCGAUCACUUGCGCUUGUGGUCACUUCCCAAUUCUCAGCCAUCGCACAGCUCCAACUCGAUCACCCGCUCCGCCAACCAACGAGAUGCUCCCCCUUCCAAGCUGUCCCCCUUGGCACUGUUGUCGAACUCCAAAUCACCUGAGCAUACAGCCCCUAUCACUUCUCUCGACUGGAAUACCAUCUCACCAAGUCUGAUAAUCACCUCCAGCAUCGAUACAACCUGCACUAUUUGGGAUAUCCCGACAUUAACUGCGAAGACCCAGUUGAUUGCCCACGAUAAGGAAGUUUAUGACGUUCGAUUCUGCGCCAAUAGUGUUGACGUCUUUGUCAGCUGUGGCGCUGAUGGCAGUGUACGAAUGUUUGACUUGCGUAGCCUCGAACACAGCACGAUUAUCUAUGAACCUUCUGAAAAGACAGAAAAACUUAUGAGCCCCGGUAACUCGAGUCCUUCGGGUCCGUCACAGUCUGGCAUGUGGCCACCACCACUUUUACGAAUUGCAGCCUCUCCUCAUGACGCACAUCUCCUGGCCACAUUCUCCCAGGACUCCAAUAUUGUUCGCGUUCUCGAUGUGCGCCAACCCGGCCAGGCUCUUCUUGAGCUGAAAGGCCAUUCUGCCCCUCUCAAUUGCGUUGAGUGGUCACCAAACCGACGUGGUGUCCUGGCCUCCGGAGGCGACGAUAGCCUUGUCCUGAUCUGGGACUUGAUCAAUCAGCACAAUGCAGCACCUAUUGCGUCGCCUUCUCAGACUCCAGGCACACAGACACAGUCUACGACCUCCGAGCGAGGUCCCGCCGCCGCCUGGCAAUGCGAUUAUGAGGUCUCGAAUAUCAGCUGGUCCCCACAAGGCGGACCCAGCGCCUCUGGUCAGCCACGGGAAUGGCUCGGCGUCUGCGGCGGACGAGGAAUAUGGGGCGUUUCGUUAUAG